AGGCGGGACUGGGAUCCACGGCUCGGCCAGCAGCUUGUCCCCCCCUUCACUUGCUUGCUGCCGCUUCCGCUUCCGGCAGCAGCUAGCGGCUGUCUGCCCUAGGUGACCAUGGCGGGGAGCCGGCUGGAGACGAUUGGGAGCGUGUUUUCCCGGACGAGGGAUCUGAUGCGUGCUGGAGUGUUGAAGGAGAAGCCGCUGUGGUUUGACAUAUAUAAGGCCUUUCCGCCGCUGAGAGAGCCUGUCUUCCGAAGACCCCGUUUGAGAUAUGGUAAAGCCAAAGCUGCCAUCCAGGACAUCUUUUACCACGAGGAUCGGAUUCGAGCGAAAUUCUUUUCCGUCUAUGGAUCUGGUCACAAAGCUUUUGAUCUGCUCAACCCAAACUUCAAGUCUACCUGUCAACGGUUUGUGGAGAAGUACAUGGAGCUGCAGGACCUGGGAGAGGCAGAUGAAGAAAAGUUGUUUACGGAGACAGGGAAGGCUCUGCUGGCGGAGGGGGUCGUUUUACGACGAGUGAGAGAGGCAAGGAAUGUCGGUGUCAGACCCCAGGCUUCGCCGGAAGGAAAGCAGCCUCCGGAAGAUGCCCAGGAGCCAAAGAUGGACGCCCCCUCUCCGUGAGGCCCUUCUGUGUACCGAGCGUGCCCACCACCCGGGACAGGCUCGGCUGAGCUGCGGACUCUGUUGGCCUCCAUCUCUCAGGCACGUCUCCUUCUCUGUUCCCGCUUCUGGGUUGUCAGAAACCUCAGUACCGUGGUUUGAAAGCACCACUUUUGUGAACUUUUACUUAUGACAUGGUUAUAUAAAGGGUUUUCUAAUGCUUUCAAAGUCGAUAACACCUGGAAACUUCCAAAGGUGCCUUGUGCUGGCUGGGGCCGCCGCAUUGAACCUCGCCUUUGUUCUCGUCUGGAUCCCACGGAAUUCUACUUGACCACGUAGUGUGGCCCAGUGUGGCCCAGUGUGGCCCAGUGUGGCCCUCGGCCGAGUGUUUCUGUCUGCAGGUGGCGUCUGUUCCUUUUGCUGUAAUGCUAUUGACUGCAGCUCGAAAGGCCCAGGAGAGGCCCAGGCAGCUGCAGUAAGACUGAGGACCUGUCUGAUGUGGACGAAGACCAAAACCAUGACUUGAGUGUCAUGGGCUAAGUGUGUUGGAGGUGAUUAACAUGGGCUUGCAGCUCAUCAGCGGCUUAGAACUGUUUGUUGAAUGAAUAAAUGAUCACACUUAGCUAAA